AAUAUUGUACUAAUUAUUAAUCUUGCAUAUUUAUUAUGAUUACCGCCUCCUAACUAAGCUGUUUAUUGUAAAUUUCACUUGAAAACAAACGUUUGUUUUCUAAGUCGUCACGGCUGUCAAAAUUUAUAUUUUUUUAUUUUAGUUUCCCAUUCCGCCACCAACAACGCUGUUAUCGCGACUUAUUUUGGUCACGUGACCUUUCGAACCGCCAAAAUAAUUGUCAUUUUUCACCGUUGCCACAAUUUUCCGUUGGUUUCCGAGGUAUUUAUCGUUAAAAAAAUCAGUGUGGUAUAACUUAAGUGCGCAAUUUGAGCAUUCCGGUACGAUUCGAGUCAGAUAAACAUAUAAAUCUUUGAGACGGACGUGGAAUAAUGGCCAAGGUUCACAUAACCAAUGUCGUUGUUCUCGACAACCCGAGCCCUUUUCUCAACCCGUUUCAAUUCGAAUUGACCUUUGAAUGCAUAGAAGAGCUGAAGGAAGACCUAGAAUGGAAGAUGAUAUACGUCGGUUCAGCGGAAACAGAAGAGCACGAUCAAGUUUUGGACACGAUUUACGUGGGGCCUAUACCUGAAGGUAGACACAUGUUUGUUUUCCAAGCGCCGCCGCCGGACGUGACCCGUAUACCAGAAAAUGACGCUUUAGGCGUCACUGUUGUGCUCUUAACGUGUUCAUACAGAGGCCAGGAGUUCGUUAGAGUCGGAUAUUUCAUAAAUAACGAAUACACAGAAACCGAACCAGAGUUACGGGAGAAUCCGCCGGCGAAGCCUCAAUUUGAUAAAGUAGUGAGGAAUAUCUUAGCUUCAGAGCCUAGAGUGACCAGGUUUAAGAUCAAUUGGGCGGAGCCCGACGCGGCGGCGGCUACAGAUUCGGGUGAUGGUAAUAUGGAAACGGUUCAUGGGCCUAGCAAUGAUUCUUAUGGAGCAACAUUCAAUGCGGACUCUCAAAUUAGCGCCCUGGAGUUCGGGCAAGGCAGUUUGAGUGGUUAUGGUGAUAAUUCAAAUUCAAUAGCGCCUAUGGAAUGCUGAGAAGACCAAAUUCUAGUAUAAUGGAUGAAGUGGACAAAUCAACAAUGAGUUGAAGAAUUGACUGAUUAAUGAUUUUGCAACUUAACUCUGACAUUGACUGGCUGUGCCAGGUUUGACAGACUCGCUACUUGCAUCGAGCGCUAUUAUAACUUAAUAACUCUUGUUAGGUUUAAGGAAUUCAAAGAAACAAACCACUUAUUUGACAGAUACAAAAUUGUGUCAUGACAAGCUAAGGGGUCAUCCAUUAAUUACGUCACACUUUAAGGGCGCCGGAGGGGGUCAAGAGAAUGUGACAAUUUGUGACAAAGGGGAGGGGGAAGUCAGAAACUUUGUGACCUAUUAGCUAUUAGCUACUGAAUAUGGUUUUCUUUUUCAUUUGCUGUUAACAGUUAAAUAACCAGUUGCAAUUAUAAUCGUUUUUAUAGACAUAUUUUUAUUCUUAAUUGGCUUAGUGUUAUACAUUUUUAACAUUGUUUUGUCAAAAAAAUAUUUUUUAUCAAAAUAAUAGAAACUAAUUGAAACUGUCGAUUUCGUUAAAUACAAAAAACCAAAUGUGACAAGGACGGUGGGGAGGGGUAAAAAAAUCUUCAAAUUGAUGUGAUGUAAUUUAUGAAUGACCCCUAAUUUUGUUCACAUACAUACUCACUUGAACUUGAUUGGCAAAAUCUUUGUGCCCUCACCUCUCUUUAAAUUUUCCUGCAAAACAAUAAUGUGAUAUAAGACUCUCACACUUAAUUUCUGAAUUUGUGUGUGUCAAAUGUGACAGAAACUGUCAAAAUGUCCUCAUAGCAUCCUUAUGGCAAGCGACAAAGUGGGAUGUUUUGCCGGUUUCUAUCAAAACUGACUUUAUUUAUUAUAUUGAUUAUUAUAUUGAACACCAAAAUUUAGUAACAAAGUAUUAAAUUGUGUGCAUAAAGGUUGGUACUGAUAAUUUAUUUGUGCUCUAUUAAAAAUACUGCUGUACAAAUAAAACAUAAUGACGACUAUACAUAUAAUGAGAAGAAAAAAGUUGUAAUUAUCAGCUCUAAAAAUUUUUUACAAGUUUUUCAAAUUUUCGAAGAGUAUUAUUUAUAAACUAUAUUUGUUUAAGUAUAGAAUAUAAUGUACCGUGUAAAUUAUUAAUUUUUUUUUAAUUGCAGUGUUCUCAAUUAGCAUUAUGACAUCUAAUAAAUAAUGAUAAUAUUUUUAUUACUAAGCUAAACCAACUUACUGUUGACAACCCACCAGUUAUGGACACUAAAGACCGGAGCAUACUGGCUGCGUGUGUGUGGACUUGGACUUGCGCGUGCGCAAGCAGUGUGACGUCUCUCAUUCGGAUCUGUAUAUUACAACGCACACGCAUCCGGUGUGUACAGGUAAUAGUGACGAAAAUUGGCUGGUUGGUGUUCAGGGUGUCAAUAAAAAGGUGUCUUGUUAUUGGUAUUGGCAAUAGAAUGUCACUAUGCGCUUCAAGGAAUGAACAGAUUCGCACGCUUCUAGUAAGCUUCAGUAGCUCUGUUGGUUAAGAAUGAUUGGUUUUUCGAAAGGUCACAAGUUCGAGUCAUUUCUGAAGUGGUGUUUUUUUUUUCAUUUCUUUUUUUUUAUCUGAAGUUUUGAACACUUACGGCCUACAGAAUGAUAAAAAUUGCAUAAGUUUGCAGUUAUCUCGGUGAGACUAUAAUAUAUGGCCGGUCAAACAACUUUGUUAGUAGAAAAGGCGAAAUUAAAAUUUUCUAAGGGAUGAUAACCCUUUGCGCCUAUAUAUUUUUUAAUUUGCCGUCUUUUUCUACUGACGGAAACGGCUACACAGGCUUUAGUUAGUACUUUAGAGAUUUUGAAGAAUAAUACACUAUCACAAUUAUAAUGGGGUUGGCAACUGUCAAAGGUUUGCAUAGAUGGCGCCAUCAUAGCUUGCCCCUGUCUCUAGUUUUGUUCUAUGAGAUUUGGCUUAAAGUACUGGAAUCCAGGUCACAAAAUUCCAAAAAAAAAAACAAGAAUUUGACACAAUUCUAGGGAUUGACAGGGCAAGCUAUGAUGGCGCCAUCUGUUUAAUACUUCGACCGGCCAACCCCAUUAUCAUAUAAUACAUGCAUUAAAAAAAACAACAAAUUAAAUAAUAUAUAGCUGUCUCCCUCUCAACAAAGUUUGUAAGUAAGUAAUUUCUCUUGCCAAUAUCUAUAACUUGUGAGUUAAUUUUUUAGUUUUUGUAACUUUUAAGUUGUUAUUGAAAUAACAAAAACGGUUCUAAAAUCAUUGCUGUUAUUUGGUUUCUUUUUGUAUCAUGUCUCUUGUAAUUAAAAUUUAAGUUUAUACAAACCUGGAAAUAAUAUAGUGAACACAGUAUUUUGCGCACGAGUUCCGAGGCCUUGUAAGGAAGCCUCACUUGCCCGCAGUUUCCAAAAAGUUGCAAUGGUUCUAACAAAUCUGGGAAAUAUAAAUUAAAUAUAAACAAAAGUAAAUUUCAUUAAGGGGCUACCAGGCCAAAUUUUCUGUUUUUACGUCGCUAUAGCAUGCUUGAACGUUGUAUCAAUAAUAAAGCUCUGUACACAAUAUUUAAGCUUUAAUUAGAUCUGAUAUUUAAAAAAAAAACGCAUCACAAGUAAAUAAUAUUUCCGUGAACCCUUUUCUCGAGUUAAAUUCCGUAUAAACUCCCUUAUUAUGCAAUGCUUAGACACUAAUCUUUAACAAAUAGUGAAUAAUGAUGUACACUUCACUUACGUCUGCCGAUUUUUCAAUUAUGUAAAUAGUUUUUGAGAAAUCGAUAUCUAUUCAAGUUCGUGCGUUGCCCCGGCGCGCGGGUUUAUGCGUGGGCGACGAGGAGCAGUCGCCGUUUGGCUGUCGGACGGGGAACCUGUGUCACUCGAUACGACGCGCGCGCAAUUAUUCUCUGUGAAUUGAUCGUUCGAUUUUGACUUUUGAGAUUUUUGAGUGAUAGGACACUGUUUAUUUAAGUUUAAAAUGAAUGAAUGAGUUUUAAGUGAGCGAACGGGCUCAAUAAUUUGUUUUCUUAUGCAAAUUCAAGUUGUAAAGGUCUCCCCCGGUCCGGUUCAAGCAAAAGGGGUCGAGGGAGUUGAAACGCGCGAGGUCAUUCAGAUAGGGGACGUCCUUAAUUCAGAUUUCUGAGAGCGUUUUCAACUUUUUGGAAACUGUAAGCAUCUGUACGCGCGCGAAUGGCGAUGCGUCAAAAAUAUUCGCUGGGUAAGCCGGACUUUAUGAGGCUUGCUGUUCGUUUGGGAUUUCUAGAACAAAGUUCUCAGCUGUCUUUAAAUAGAUGGUGUGAAUAGAGUUCUAUGGACGCUCCGCCUCUGCCCGACGCGCUUGGUGCACUGUCCUCAUGUAGAAAGUGCUCGGAGCUUAUGCCCCGGUUUUUGUUAAGUUGAUCAAAUAUGUAUCCCUUAGCAGUUUGUAUACGAUUAGUUGUUGGUUUUAAAAAUUAUGAUUUAUCGACGAUACUUUGAAAAAAAAACUUGUUUUAGACACAAAUGGACAACAUCAGAUUGUAUAAAUAUACUUUUGAAUAAUGUUUAUAUUCAGAGAGGACAAUGUCAUUCCCUCUCCGCUCAAAUCAUUUCCAAGAUACUAAAAUGGCAGUUGAAGUGGCCAAUUUUGUUUUUCCAAGUAUUUGUCGAUUUUUAUUAUUGACACUUUUAAUCGCCUCGCAUACAGAUAUGAGAUUAAAUGAAACUCAAGUGACAGUACUUAUUUUGUACAUGAACAAAUUAAAAUAAACCUACCGAAGUGUCAAGUCUUGAAAGGGUCUUGUCUUAAAUGUCUUGAGGACGAGGAAUGUAGACAUUUCCCUUAACUCGAACACCAAAAGGGUAAUUUCGAGGACAAGUGUAACGAGAGUCACUAUUUUAUGAUACAAGUUUAAAUGUUAAUUUAUCUCUAUAAUGUUAAAGGAGUAAACACCAUACAUCAUUAAAAAAGGAUUUAAUACAUAAAAACACGGAAAACAGGCAUAGCUUUUAGGUAAAUCAAAAUACCACUCGGACGCCGUCAUGGCGGGCAUUCCUCGUUGACAGUUCGCGGCGCGCCAAUAGUGCUGUGACCUUCGACACCGACUAGGUAGGGCUGCACUCAAGCAAUUCACAAAAGCGGUUAUCAAUAACUGUAUUAGCAAACAUUACUAUUCCUGCAUUUAUUUAAUGUUCGUUUAUUGAGAGACCAAGCUUGUGGCAACGAAAUUCUGACUUGCGUUACAUUGUCAUAGAAUGACCAAUAUACUUAUGAAGUCUUCAACGCACUUGUGACACCUCUGGAUCGUCUAGGAUACGAUGUCUGCUUUUCAGGCAGUUCGCGUGUUUGCCUCCGUCUGUAUAUCAAAGUUGCUUGUCAUUUCGGUAGUUUUUACCUAAAAAACUAGACAUUGUGCUGUGAUUGUAACUAAUACCGUGAACAGUCUGCUGUAGCAUGUAUUUGUAAAGUAAAAUAUAGUGUAUUUAUGAUUAAAACUGAUUUGAAAACUUUA